UGAUUCUAGUGUCAAUUCAGCUCUUCAGAAGGCAGCUUUUAGUAAAUUUUUGAGGAAUCGCAAAAGCGUGUCAUUCAGUCUUUGGCAACUUGGAGGAUAGAAAAGUUUUCCAAUUUCCGUUUACUUGGAUAAAGAUGUCAUCGACCUCUUAUAGUCCGUUAUCACCUUCUGAACAGUGGGAUUAUGAUGUGUUUUUGAGUUUUAGAGGUGAAGACACGCGUAAGACUUUUGUGGGCCACCUUUACAGUAAAUUAACUGGGUCUGGAAUCAAUACCUUCAAGGAUGAUGAAACACUAGAACGAGGUGAAUCAAUUUCACCUCAACUUGUCCGUGCCAUUAAACGGUCAAGGUUUUCCAUUAUUAUCUUCUCAAAGAACUAUGCUUCAUCCAAGUGGUGCUUGGAUGAGCUAGUGACGAUCAUGGAACAUAGAAAUAAACUUGAGCCGGCUGUUUUACCAAUCUUCUAUGACAUAAGUCCAUCGGAUGUACGCUCCCAGAGAAGUAGUUUUGCUGAAGCCUUCUCCAGAUAUGAGGAAGAUCUCAACAUUGAUGCCAAGAAGGUGCAUAAUUGGAGGAAAGCCUUAAAUGAAGCAGCGAAUUUGGUAGGCCAUGAUAUGCAUGGUACUACUUACAACGGAGAUGAGUCUCAGUGCGUUGAACAUAUUGUGAAAGAGAUUGGGAAUAAGUUGUGCCAAAAGUCAACAAUCAGUGACACUUUAAUCGGAGCAGAAUCACAAAUUCAGGCUGUAAGCUCACUGUUGAUGAUGGGAUCUGAAAAUGUUCGAUUUGUUGGGAUUUUGGGGAUGGGUGGUAUUGGAAAGACCACCAUUGCAAGAGCCAUUCUUCACAGGUUUUCUCGUCAAUUCGAAGGUGCUUGCUUUGUUGAAGACAUUAAAGAAAAUCAAGCUAAACAGGGAUUAUUGUCUCUGCAAAAAACAAUGCUUACGAAGGUAUUGACAAUUGAAUCUGUGAAUCUUGCUGACGAAUAUAGUGGAAUUGAUAUGAUAAGGGAAAGGCUUCACUUUAGGAAGGUUCUGGUAGUUCUUGAUGACGUGGAUCACCAAGACCAAUUGGAUGGGCUAGCUGGCGACCAUGAUUGGUUUGGUAAAGGUAGUAGGAUUAUCAUUACAGCAAGGGACAAGCACUUGCUUUUGGACUGUGAUGACACUUAUAAAGUUCGUUUACUUGCUACAGCUGAAGCAACUCGACUGUUUUGUUGGCAUGCUUUUAGAAAGACAUAUCCAAUCAAUGGUUUUAAGUAUUUCUCCGACCAAGUUGUACAGUAUGCCGGAGGCCUUCCCCUGGCGCUUAAAGUCUUGGGUUCCUUCCUUCGUGGACGGAACAUGAAGCAGUGGUGGAGUGCACUAGAAGCACUGGCAGAUAUUCCUAGUGAAGAAAUUAUUUCAAAGCUUAAGAUAAGUUAUGAUGGACUAGGGAAUUCAGUGAAGCAAGUUUUUCUAGACUUAGCAUGUUCAUUCAUAACAUCAGAUGCGCGUCUUCUGAAAAAACUGUUCACCUAAAUAAUGAUUGAUGUUCUGGUUGAGAAGUCCCUCCUUUUUUUUUCAUCAUCUGGUAAGAUUGUGAUGCAUGAUUUGAUUCGAGAAAUGGGCCGACGUAUUGCAGUGGAAGAAUACCCUAGGCGCCGAAUAUGGCUUCAUGAAGAUGUUGCUGAUAUUUUAACUGAAAAUAAGGGAGGAGAAGCAAUAGAAGGCAUAGUAAUCCCAUUGAAAUCCAACUCAGAGGAAGAUACUAUACACCUGAGCAGUGAAGUCUUCAAACAUAUGAAGCGACUAAGAAUAUUUUUGUCAUUGUCUCACAACAGCGUGCGUUUAUGCUCUCAUGACCCGAUUAAUUUUCUUCCCAACAGCUUAUGCUGGUUAUGUUGGCCAGAUUAUCCUUCACCGUCAUUGCCAGAAAAUUUUGCACCACCAAAGCUUGUGUGGCUUUUUAUGUAUUCCAGUUAUGUGGUUAACCUCUGGGAGGGGUCAAAGUGUUUAAACAGGCUGACCAUUCUUGAUUUGAGGGACUCCCGGGAAUUAAUUCGAAUUUCAGACCUUUCGGGGUCUCCAAAUUUGGAGCAGCUAAUCAUACGUCACUGUAAUAAGCUGGAAGAGUUCCACCCAUCCGUUGGAACCCUCAAAAGGCUUACUAUUUUAGAUGUGGAAGGUUGUGCAAAACUUGAAAGGCUUCCCAGUGAGUUUCAGUCAGGCUCUCUUGAAAUUCUAAAUUUUCCUGGUUGUCCGAGUUUGAGAAAAUUUCCAGAAAUUCAGCAGAAUGUGAAUCGCUUAACCAGAUUCAAGCAGCCAUACUUUGAGGGACUUGAACUAACAUCGUCAUUUGAACAUGGCAUUGACCCGAGCUUUCUAGAUUUGAGCGGCUGCAGUAACAUUGAAGCACUACCUAAUAGCAUUUGCAGGUUGAAAAAUUUGAAGUUUCUUUACCUCAAUCGCUGUACCAAACUAAAGAACUUGCCAGAAGACAUUUGUGAUCUUGUAAACUUGGAGGGGCUUGAUGCAAGUGAAACUUCGAUCUGGUGCAUCCCAAAUUCCAUCACGCGCUUGGAGAAACUAAUGUUCUUAUCUAUUCGAAAAGUACCUAAGUUGUUUCAUGUGUGCGAUUUAUGCAGUUGGGGAUGUUUUGUUCAACUUGAGUUGAACUUUCAUCUGCCCAAUGUUAUAUCAGCCUUUUGCCCACUUCAAAUUCUGGAUCUUAGUGCUUGCAAUUUAAUUGAUGGCAGUGUUCCUGAAGAUCUCGGAUGUUUGGCCUCACUAUUAGAGUUAAAUCUGAGCAGAAAUAGCUUCACCUAUUUACCCAAAAGCAUUGCUCUACUUUACCACCUUCGGCACCUUGACAUAACUUAUUGUGAAAAGCUUAAAGAGUUGCCAGAGCUUCCUCCACGUAUAAUGAAACUGUUUGCAGAUGACCGAUUUGCUUUGCAAAGUAUAACAACACUAUCAACGAUGUACAAAGAGUUGUACUUGGUCUCCUUUGCUAACCAGAAGUUGCAAGAAAUGUGGUGUAAUUCACACAGGGAAAGUUCUGGUGUGCAGAUGAGAAACUGUCCAAGGGUAAAGAUGACCGACAUGCUAGAAGGCAUUCACCUUCCAUUUUUGUCAAUGGUGCAGCAAAAGUUGAUUUUCGAUGACCCACGUAGAGGAGGGAAAUUUGGUAUUGUUUUCCAUAGAAAUAAUCCAAGUGAUAAGGUUCCUUUGUGGUUCAAGUAUCGUGAGACAUGUACAAAUAGGAUUUUCUUCAAUCUAAACAAACACUGGUACAACGAUAAGUUCCUGGGAUUUGCUAUCUAUUGUCAGCUUCCAUUCUUAAAAGAUGGAUUGCCAAAACAGCAUUAUAGGCAGUUCGCAUUCAGCUUGUUCUGGGGCUUAACAGUUACAACAAAAUUGGUGUCGGAACAUGCUGCGAUGAAUCAUCCAACGCUUGAAAAUAUAUUUCAUUUGCAAGUGUCAAACGUAGUUGCAUGUGACAGUCAUGACUGCUUUAUUUUUCUACAAUUUGAUCUGACAAAGGUGCGUUUCAAAGGGAAAGGUAAAGACACUAUGGUAAAUGAUCCUAAUUACUACUGUAGAUUUGAGGCCUCUAUAGAUUGCCAUAUUUCAUCAAAUUGGGGCGUUCGUCUGGUAUAUGCUGAUGAUAUUGAGGUGAUGAGGUCGGAACGGGCUCAGCAGAUUGACAGAUUUGAUCAUAUGCGUGAAGAGGAAACAAAAUUGUGUUUUUCGAGGUUGGAGAGAGUGUUAGUCCCCGGGGAAAUUUGUUAUUUUUAUUCGACACUUUUUUACUUUAGAUUGCCAGUCCUAUCAACUUGUCCUAGAUGCUUAUCCUUUGCUGAAGACUUGGCUCACUUAUUUUUGAAUUGUAAAUACUCUAAGCUAGUCUGGGAAGGAUCGAGAUUGGGCCUAAACUUUGAUGUUGGGACCCCAGUUGAAUUUCGAGAGUGGUUACAGUCCUGGACUUUGUCAGCUCCCGAAAAUGAAGAUUUGAGUUUUUCGUUUGCUAUCCUAUGGGCGAUCUGGAAGCACAGGAACAAGGUAGUGCACGAAAGAGUUGAUUUUGUUCCCUCAGAAGUCGUUUCCACUGCCAUUAAAGAGCACUCAAGGUUUCCGUAUUCUGAAGGCAGAGCAAUAAGAGCGAUCUAUAAGGAGCGCAGCCUAGGCUAACAAUGGUUGAUCUCAAUGUUGAUUCUAAUGUACAUCGCGUGCUAGUAAUUGAAGUUAGGUGGAAUUUGGAAAGAGGGACACGAAUGGGCUGGAAUGGAGUGGAUAGCGUAUGACUACCGCCGGAUGAAAGUGGCAGCAGCUCGAAGAUCGUUGAAAGUCACCAGCAAACUACAUGCUGAAGUACAUGGUUUCGAAUAUGCAGUGAAAUGGGUUAGGCUUCGAUACUCUAAGAUCGUAAUCUUGUCUGACAGCGCGACUUUCAUUAAGGAACUCGCGAUAAUUCAAAUUGGUGUUCAGAUCAAGACAUUGUCUAUGUGUUGCGUGAAUGUCUGCGAUUCAUGGAAGUAGCAGGUAUGUCCUGGGAAAUUGUCAAAGUUCCCAGUUCUGCAGUAUCAGCAGCAAAAAAGGCCAUGAAGACUUACAUAGAUGUACUGAAUUGGGAUUCAAUUUACUUUUAGGGAGUUUGGUAAUGAAACAAUGGAAGGGGAGCCUCGGAGUAACCGGUAAAGUUGCUGCCGUGUGACCAGGAGGUCACGGGUUCAAGCCUUGGAAACAGCCUCUAGCAGAAAUGCAAGGUAAGGCUGCUUACGAUACACUCUUAUGGUGGGGCCCUUCCCCAGACACUGCUAUGUCUUUGAAAAAAAUAGUUUUGAUUAUCAAAGUGAAAAAUGAUAGUUGAAAAUUAGUGUCGUGUUUGUCCAUGAAUACAAAUUUGAGUUGCCCCCUUAAGCCUGUUUGGCUAAGCUUCUGGGAAGCCAAAAGUGUUUUUUUGUUCCAA